AUGGCCAAGUUCAAGGAUGAGACAUGCGCUGCUGAAUGCCCCAAGAAGUGCGAGAACCAACCUAUGUUCUUAGUCGACAACAUGCCAGUGGUCGAAGGACGGGUGCUUGGACAACGCGCACGUGUCUUACGAGACACAGGGAGCAACACGACCAUCGUCCGACGCGAGUUCGUGCCGGAUCGAUGCCUGACCGGGAAGACGGGAAAGACGGAGAGUAUGAUGAAGAUUCCGCUAGCUGGUUCGCUAGAAGUGACCCGAGUGCAGCUAACUGAGAGCCAAAAAGACGACCCAAGUCUGAAGUGUUGCUUCAGCAAGAUUGGGAAGGAGUUUCACUCCGAUAAAGACACGACGUACCACUUUUCUGAAGAGGCUGGUCUACUGUAUCGACAUUACCGCCUUUCUAAGGGGAGGACCUUUAAGCAAGUCGAGUGUCGAGGAGGCCGUGGCACCUCCCGUGGCUGCAUGGAUUACAAGCCUCCCAUCAGAGAAAAGUGCUACAAGUGCAAUCGAAUAGGCCACUUCGCCAGGGACUGCAAGGAGGCUGAGGACCGGUGUUAUCGCUGCAACGGCACUGGACACAUCUCCUAGGACUGCCAGCAUGGCCCAGAUGAAAUGUCGUGCUACAACUGCGGCAAGAUGGGCCACAUUGCACGCGAGUGCAAGGAGCAGGAAAAGACCUGCUACAUCUGCCACAAGCAGGGACACAUCUCCAGGGACUGCGAGCAGGACGAGAGAAGGAGUGGCGCUGGCCUCUCUCUCCAGUGCUACCUGUGUGGCAAGCUGCGCCACAUCUCGCGGGAUUGCCCGAACAGCGAGCGGGAUGACCGCAAGUGCUACAACUGCGGACACCUGGGACACAUCAGCCGGGACUGCCCAGAGGCCGGAGGAAACGACGCAGUGGCCGACGUCUGCUACCGCUGCAAUGAGCGCGGGCACAUAGCACGCAACUGCCGGUCCACACGCUCCAACAACCGCUGCUACCACUGCGGUGAGGUGGACCACCUGGCACGAGAGUGCGAGAUGAAGGCCUGAGGGACGCUUCACCCACCAUUUGAGCCGCUGCCCAGCGCCACCUUGGACGUGCAACGAACAGUCCCGUUGCCCUGCCCUCCUCUCCCAGUCGUCUCUCUUGGGAAGGAAGUAGCCGCUCCCUCACCCCCUCCGCCGUUGGUGCUUGCGCGACAGCCCCGUUUGCAUCUGCAUUGCACUCUGGCAGCGACGUGCUGUCACUAGU